AUGAGCAACCGCAAUAGAGGUACUAGAGGAGCGUCUAGCUCGAGGGCCCCACCAGUAGAAGAUCCAAGGCUAGACGGUGUGAUUAGGACCUUGGAGCAGAUAGGAGAGCUGAUGGGUAGGCAGGCUCGGGAAAGAGCUGCCCUCGUGGCACAACAAGCCGAGGAUAGGGCCACGAUAAUAGCUCAAGCUGCUGAGGCCGCCGUUGCUGUGAUUAAUGCGACGUUAGGGAACAAUGGGAAUAAUGGAAACAAUGGCCAGGGAAAUGGAGGUGGUAAUGCUCCUGCUCAAGAGAAUCCUCAUAGGGCCAUGGGUCAGAUGGUGGAGCAAUUUCUGAAACUGAAGCCACCUAGGUUUGACGGGAAAGGAGACCCGGAGAUGGCUCCUCGUUGGAUUGAGGAGAUUGAGAAAUGCUUCACGGUUCUAGGAUGUUCUGACGCUGAAAAAGUGACAUUGGCGGUGUACCAACUCCAAGAGAUUGCCCAUGAUUGGUGGAGGGCUACGAGAGUGACCGUUUUCCCUGAAGGAGUGGUGCCUAAUUGGAAUGCAUUCUCUGAGGCAUUCAUUGGGAAGUUCUUCUCUGCAGUUGCUCGGGAGCAGAAGUUGGUUGAAUUUCAGAACUUGCGUCAAGGCAACAUGACAGUCGAGCAAUAUGAAGCGGAGUUUGCAAGGCUGUCUAAGUAUGCUCCGCGGAUGGUUGAUAAUCCUUUGGAUAAGGCAAGAAGAUUCAGAGAUGGGCUACAACCUGACCUCCGUAGCCAACUGGUGGCUUUGGACCUGCAGAACUAUGAGGAGCUAUAUAGGCGGGGUCAACUGAUUGAAAGGGACAUGAGGGAAAGAAGGAAAAUGGCCCCUGGACCGCGGUUCGUCCCUCGGAGGGACAAUCGUAACUUUGGGAAGAGGCCAAUGAUGAACAACAGGCGAUUUGUUCCUCCAGUGAAGAAAGGAAUUGGGAAGCCGACUCGCUCGAACAAUUGGAACUGUCGUCUCUGUGGAAGGCGACAUGGAAAUGGACCUUGCCCCGGUCGGGGAGGUGCCUGUUUCAGAUGUGGCAAGAUGGGCCACCAUGUUAGGCAGUGCAUUGAGAAAGCUCCUGGAGAUUUUCCACAGAUGGUAAGGCCGCAGGGAGGGCCUCAGAUUGGAGCUGCUCCACAAGGGAGCCAGAACCGACCGCCGGCGCAAGGAAGAGUCUAUGCUGUGGCGCGAAAGGAUGCUGAGAAUGCGCCCGGCGUAGUCACAGGUACGGUUCUUCUCUGUGGUCAUGCUGCUUAUGCUUUAGUUAAAACCGUUGGAAGUAGUAUUGCAUGUGGCUACACCCUUAAAGAAUGA